UCCCUUAAAAUCCGAACAGAAUGAGGGUGCUGCAGAGAGCCUCUGCACUCAUCCUGAGAAGAGGAAUCGCAACUUUUCAAAGCAGAUUGUGCAAAAGUGGCAGCCUCUUCAGAGUUCAUCCAUCUGUAUCUAAGGCGCUGGCAGAAAACAAACCAGUGGUUGCACUGGAGAGCACUAUUAUCACACAUGGCAUGCCCUAUCCACACAACCUGAGCACAGCGAAGCAGGUGGAGGCCUUUGUGAGGGCUGAAGGAGCAACUCCAGCCACGGUCGGAGUGAUCGAGGGUGAAGUCCAUGUUGGUCUGUCGUCAGAGGAACUUGAACAUCUCGCCCUCUGCAAGAGCUCCCUGAAAGUGUCCCACCGUGAUCUGCCCUACGUCAUGAGCAAAGGUCUCUCUGGGGGAACGACGGUGUCAGCCACGAUGAUAGCAGCACAUCGAGCUGGCAUCCCUGUGUUUGUCACAGGGGGCAUCGGAGGAGUUCACAGAGGCGGAGAGAACAGUCUGGACAUCAGUGCAGAUUUGACAGAGCUCGGCAGGACUCCCAUUGCAGUCAUCUCUGCUGGUGUCAAGUCUAUUCUGGACAUCGGUCGCACCCUGGAGUUCCUUGAGACGCAGGGUGUCUGUGUGGCCACUUAUGGAGCGUCAAAGAAUUUCCCAGCCUUCUUCUCUCCACAAAGCGGAUUCACUUCUCCAUGCCAAGUCGGCAACCCUGAGGAAGCUGCAGCGCUCAUUGCAAGCACUCUGUCUCUGGAUCUCCAAAGUGGCGUCCUGUUAGCGGUGCCCAUCCCAGAGGAGCAUGCAGCAGCCGGUCAGCUGAUAGAGGAAGCCAUACAGGCUGCAGUAGCAGAGGCGAGUGCUAAAGGUAUAACAGGAAGAGAUGUGACGCCAUUCAUUCUUCAAAAGGUCAAUGAGCUGACUGAGGGAAAGUCCCUUCAGGCCAAUAUUGCUCUUAUUUAUAACAAUGCUAAAGUUGGCAGUCAAAUAGCCUGUGCACUGUCAAAACAAAUGACUGAGAGAAAGUCCAGAUGCCAGACUCAUCAUCAUGGAAAACACUCAUCAGACUCAGAUAUAGUUGUCAUAGGGGGAAUUAACGUUGAUUUUAUUGCAAAAGGAAAGACGAGAACACUUCAUUUUGGACAGACCAACCCAGGAAGUGUCUGUCAGUCAUUUGGUGGUGUAGGACGGAACAUUGCUGACUCUCUGAGUCGUUUAGGCCGUCCUCCCCUGUUCAUCUCAGCUACUGGAGCUGAUUCACACAGCGAAGCAGUGUUGAACUAUUGCAAACAUAUGAACACAAGCGGUGUGCUCAGGCUAGAAGAGCAAAACACAGCAACUUACUGCGCUGUUAUCACUCAGAGCGGAGAACUGAGUCUUGGAUUGGGAGACAUGGACGUUCAUCAGCAGAUCACAGAGCAGUAUGUGUCACAGUUUGUGAAGCAGCUUUCAUCAGCCACUCUUGUGUGUCUCGAUGGAAACAUUCCCGUUUCCACCAUCGACUAUGUUUGCUCCAUUGCCAGAAAACACAACAUUAAUGUUUGGUAUGAGCCAACGGAUUCAGAAAAGGCUUCCAAGCCUUUCCUGUCAGACGCCUGGAAGUCUCUGUCCUAUUCAUCUCCAAACCUGGCAGAGUUGUUCACCAUGAACAAAACACUGGGUUUCCCAACACCCGAAGUGCUUCCGAGCUCUAUCGAAGAGGUGCUGAGUGUUGCUGUGGCUCUCUCACGCCCCCUGCUGGAGCACAUCCACUGUCUGGUGGUGACUCUGGGGGCUGGUGGAGUGCUGGUGUGCGGAGAGCAUGAUGCAGGCUCUGUCAACCUGCAGCCAAGAAAACAGAAGAGGAGGAGGCAGCUUUGUGCUGUCCACUACCCAGCACUGACCGUGACAGCAGAGGAGACAAUGAAUGUGUCUGGAGCAGGAGAUAGCCUCGCAGGUGCUUUACUGACUGGGAUUCUCCAGCGGAGAGACACGGACAGCUGUGUUCGGAUGGGCCUCCUGGCUGCACGGUUGUCCCUGGCAUCAUCGCACCCCAUCGCCCCUACGCUCACCUCAGACUCUGUGGAUCCCAACAAAGUCCGUCAGGAUUGGCCCAAACCCAGCUUCAUGUGGAUAAAUUAA